CCUUCAUCAGAUUUUUGAGUGGAUCCAUGACUCCUGCCCCCAGACUGAGUGAGGGACAGCUGAUGUGGACUUCUGCUGGCUUCCCUGAAGCAGUCCUUUGCUUCUGUACCCUUCAUCCUUUGAAGCUCACCAUCCUUCAUCCCACAAGCUUGUAAACUUGGAUUUGUCCUCAUCCCCUUGCUGCUCUCAGAGGACCUGAGAACCGCCAGGCUCCAAGCCCAGGCCAGAGGACCAUUGGUGGGGGAUCCUCCGUGUGCAGAAAUAAGAGGACUCCAGGUCCGAUUCUCCCAGAGGCAUUUAAAACAUGCCAAGCUGGUGUUGCAUAAAAGACAAGCUUGUGCGUUCGGCAAAUAUAACCGGUGAGCAGAGCCGCGCCGCUCACUCGCCCAGUGGGGGACUGAAGACCUGCUGCCUCUUGUGGGACACAAGCGAUGGACAUUGAGAAGGUCAACUCCAUGGACUUCAGAGAAUUUGUGGAUGUGUUUGGGAAUGUCAUCGAGAGAUGUCCUCUGAUCGCAGCCGCUGUGUGGUCCCAGCGCCCAUUCUCUAACUUGGAAGAUUUAGAGAAGCACUUUUUUGCCUUUAUUGAUGCUCUCCCGCUGUCAGGCCGAGAGGGCAUCCUGCGCUGCCACCCGGACCUGGCGGGCCCCGAGCUGCAGCGGGGCACGCUCACCCCCGAGUCGCAGCGGGAGCAGAGCGGCGCGGGCCUGAUGAACCUGGGCGCGGCCGAGCGGCUCCGGCUGGCCGAGCUCAACGCGCGGUACCAGGCGCGCUUCGGCUUCCCCUUCGUGCUCGCCGCGCGCCUCAGCGACCGGGAGGCGGUGCCGCGGGAGCUGGCGCGCCGGUUGCGCUGCCUGCGGGCGCAGGAGCUGAGCACCGCCAUGGACGAGGUGAAGAAGAUUGGCCGCCUGCGUCUCGCCGACCUUCUCGGGAGCGACUUCCCCAAGCCGUAGCGGGACCCGGGACCCCGGACGCACAUCGGGACGCGCGGGGGCCGCGGCUGCACGCGGUGUGCCCGGAACGGCGUCCGCACCCGCGCACAUAGGCCACGGAGAAUUGAAUCGCACAAAUAAUGAACCCUUUUGUCCACCUACCCUUAUGCGCACGCUUUGCUGAAAUAUCCAGAUAGUUUCGUGCUUUGCCCCCGAUUUAUCUAGCUCACUGCUUCAAUUCUUCACUCCUUUGCGGCCCAUGACACACCAGCCUUUGUGGAUUCCAAAGCGCUUAUUCAGCCCUUUUGGUUCCCCCACCCUCUCCUGCUAAGCCCGAACCGCAAAGUAAA